AUGGGAAAGCCUCAAGAAUCCCUCGGGACUGCCGCCCAGGGCGUGCUGCCUGGGGCCGUGACGUCCUCACUUCAAGCAGCGACGCGGCUGCCAGUUCCCUUCUGCGCGUCUUCCGGGCAGUGCACUUUUCGCGCGAUGCGACGGACUUUUCUGGCUGUCACUUUGCUGGCGUACACCAUGUUUGCGAGAGAGCGAGUGCUUGAGACUCCGCUGACGGAUAGAAACGCCGGGGCCCCUUCGAAUGCCCACUUUUCUUCCCUACUGCCACGUUGUCUGUGGUCGUCUGCCGGCGCAUCGAGGAAAACACUUCAGGACGAUGACGAGUUGACCGCGGGGGCCCGCGCGUUCAAGGGGUUGCUUGCUCACCUUGGUCAGUUUGCAAAAGACACCACUGCAGCCCUCCGGCGGACGGUUCACCGUGGCUUGUCCGUAGCGAGGCAGACCGACACGUUUAAGUCACUCAAGUACGCGGUGAAACAGGAACGGAUUAUGACGACAGGACGCGUGGAGCACUUCCUGUCAGGUUUGGGGAGCGGCUUAAAGCGGUUCCUAGCUAGUGUGGAUGUCGUCCACCCCGCCGAGAGAGAAGUUGUCUUACCCGAGUUGCUCAAGAAACGUCCCAAUCUUGUGGCUGUGCUCUUCAAGUACGCAGGGCUUGAAGCAUUCACAGACGCUGCAGAGGCCUUCAGACGUCUCCAAGAGUUCCUGGGUAGCUUCAAUUACAUACUGAAACUUACCAAGGAAGGAGAAGCCAACGACGAUCUUUCAGCGGACUCCAACGAGGAUCUAGGGGGCGCCGCGGCUCGGGUGAACUUGCCCAUCAAUAAGGCAGACGACAAAGAUGAAGGACAGCGGAACAAGAGGGAUAACGCCUUUCGGGGGGACCAAGGAUAUAGUUAUAGGAGACAGUGGACCCGCGGCCGGACGGCGAAUGUGGCUGAGAGUGGCCUCAAGAUGUUUGAGAGGGAGGUGGGGUUCCACCUAGCUUUCCUCGCGGACAUUCUAACCAAUACGCCGGGAGACACAGAAGUUUUGAAACAGUAUGCUCGCCGGAUGUUGCCGCGACUGAAAGACGUCUUCGGAGCAGCCUGGAGUGUCGCUUCCACGACGCUGACUGGCGGCGAGUGCAUAUUUCAUUUACGCUAUUUGACUGACUACUUGAAUGAGCUGUCGAUUAUCGACGUCGAACUCGGCUACUUGAGCUCAAUGCUGCCGCCUUCCCGUCCGCCGUUCGAUCCUGAAAGCUACUACUACGGCACUCCGACCAUUGGGUUUGAUGAGUAG